AUGAUCCACCGCGAAGUAGCCGAUGGUCUAGAGCGUCUUUGGAACGUAAGAGUAAACUGCAUAUGGGAAGCCGAUGAAAGUAGUCGCCAUGGAGAGGUUUAUAUAUUCGACCAUGUAUUUAAGCAGGAAUGUACAAAUUCAGAUGUAUAUGGAUCUGUAGUAAAACCUUUAGUCGAUUCCUUCAUGGAAGGUUUCAAUGCCACAAUAUUUGCAUAUGGCCAAACAUCUUCUGGCAAAACACACACCAUUUUGGGCAAUAAAACAGAUCCUGGGCUUUUCCAAUUAGUAUCCAAUCAGUUAUUCCAGCAUGUGGCAGACCAGGUUGAUAAGAGGUACUUGAUUAGAUGCAGUUAUAUUGAAAUCUACAAUGAAAAGAUCAAUGACCUCCUGGAUAAGAGCAAUCAGGGUUUAACUAUAAGAGAAGAUAUCAAAGGAAAUGUGCUGCUUGAUGCAAGGGAAGCUGUCGUAGACAAUGUUGAUAAAGUUAUGGAGAACAUGAUGCAGGGCAAUAAGAUCAGACGAGUUGCAGCUACUCGCAUGAAUGAGAGGUCAUCUCGAUCACACACGAUUUUCCGGAUUAUUCUGGAGUCGAAAGAUGCCAAUCAGAAAGAUGGACCUGUACAUAUAAGCUACCUUAACUUAAUGGACUUAGCUGGUUCUGAGAGAGUUUCUCUGACGAAAGCUGCUGGUGAGCGUCUUAAAGAGGGGGCUAACAUAAACAAAUCUUUGUCAGUAUUAGGAAAUGUGAUAAGGCAACUAAGCGAGGGGAAGGAGUUUAUCAGUUAUCGCGAUUCGAAAUUGACUAGACUGCUCUCACAGGCUCUUGGCGAUGUAUAUGGAUCUGUAGUAAAACCUUUAGUCGAUUCCUUCAUGGAAGGUUUCAAUGCCACAAUAUUUGCAUAUGGCCAAACAUCUUCUGGCAAAACACACACCAUUUUGGGCAAUAAAACAGAUCCUGGGCUUUUCCAAUUAGUAUCCAAUCAGUUAUUCCAGCAUGUGGCAGACCAGGUUGAUAAGAGGUACUUGAUUAGAUGCAGUUAUAUUGAAAUCUACAAUGAAAAGAUCAAUGACCUCCUGGAUAAGAGCAAUCAGGGUUUAACUAUAAGAGAAGAUAUCAAAGGAAAUGUGCUGCUUGAUGCAAGGGAAGCUGUCGUAGACAAUGUUGAUAAAGUUAUGGAGAACAUGAUGCAGGGCAAUAAGAUCAGACGAGUUGCAGCUACUCGCAUGAAUGAGAGGUCAUCUCGAUCACACACGAUUUUCCGGAUUAUUCUGGAGUCGAAAGAUGCCAAUCAGAAAGAUGGACCUGUACAUAUAAGCUACCUUAACUUAAUGGACUUAGCUGGUUCUGAGAGAGUUUCUCUGACGAAAGCUGCUGGUGAGCGUCUUAAAGAGGGGGCUAACAUAAACAAAUCUUUGUCAGUAUUAGGAAAUGUGAUAAGGCAACUAAGCGAGGGGAAGGAGUUUAUCAGUUAUCGCGAUUCGAAAUUGACUAGACUGCUCUCACAGGCUCUUGGCGGUAAUGCCAAAUCAUUGAUUAUCGGGAAUGUUACUUUAGCUGCAGAGGAGGAGACUAGAUCUACACCAGAAUUCGCCCAAAGCACUAAAACUGUCAAAAAUAAAACGAAAGUAAACAUCUUGUCAGCUACAGAAGAGACACUUCAAGGAUAUCAGAACUUGACUCGCGAUCUCGAAACUCGGCUCAAAAAGCAGGCAAUUAAGCUAAAAGAGAUGGAAAAGCAAACAAGAGUAUCUGCUCGAGAUAGAAAGACUAAAAACGGAAGUAUCUAUUGUCGGGCGCUUUCAAAUGGGAGCCUCGGCAUCAACACCGAAAAAAACAUUAAGACGUCAUACUUUUGGACACUAUGGCAACGUAUCACCUAA